AUGGUCAUGACUAUCACUUUGAGGACCAAGCAAGGAACUCUGACACUCUUGCACAAGAUACGCUGUCUGGAGUUUCACAACGUCUUUAAGUUCCAGGUUCCAUCAGGGCUGAAAGAUGAGGUGGCAGAUUUUGAGGUGGAGCUCCGAGGGGCAAAGUUUUACUCAAAAGAAGUCAGGAAAGUCAUGAUCAGAACCUACGAACCAAUGACGUUCGUCCAAACGGAUAAACCGAUCUACCUCCCAGGACAAACAGUGAAAUUCAGAGUGGUCACCAUCGACACCAAGUUCAGACCUGCAACCCAGCUGUACGACAUCAUCGACCUCGAGGACCCUAAUAGCAACAAGAUUGGACAGUGGUUGAAAGAAACAUCCAAUGGCGAAAUAUUGCAGCUGUCCUUCUCCUUGAACGCUGAGGCCCGUGAAGGAAUCUAUAACAUCAUUGUGUCAAUUGGGAAAAACAAAAUUUAUCGGAACUUCAAGGUUGAGAAAUACGUUUUGCCUAAAUUUGAAGUAAAUAUAAAGGCACCCGAUAAAGUCAGUAUUGGGCAGGAAGAAAUCGAAGUUAAAGUUUGUGCACAGUAA